AUUGCACGACCUAGGAUCGUCAGGAGCAUUCUGAGACGAGAAAGGCGAAAUCAAAAGCACUGCUAUGACAGAAGGGUAUCUCUUCUAUGAACAGCGAUGACCGGAUCGGCAGAAUGUGAGACUGCAGAGCUUCUUGUAUCUUAUGCCUCUCAUUCAGGCAUGAAAGUCAACCCUGGAAUGCGUUCCAAUUAGAUAGCACGACAUGAAGGUUGUGAAGCAAGUUCAACAUACCAAAUAUUUGCCGCGAUCGUUCAUCGCGAUCACAAUGAUGCGCUAUUGCGUAAUUGAGGAAGACCCAAAUCGAGCAACCUCGACUCUCACUGAGCUUGGGUCUGUCCAUGCGGUUGAACUUAUUCCCCUACACCCACCUUAUCAACAUGCCCGUCUUUUACAAACCCGUUCCCACCAGCGAGCACGACGACGAGGAGAGUCAGAACCUCACCAAGUCGCGCAGUGCCAGGAUCAAGACCACCUUAUUCUACUUCGUCGCUACUAUCGCAGUGAUGUACGUCGCUUACCUCGCGACCAGGAGUAUUAUUCGGUCUGUUCCCAAGCAUGGCAUGCACGGCCGUCCUGGGUGCCAUCAUCGUAAUUUGACCACUUUACCGAGUCAUCAUAUCCUGCCUUCGGGCGACAAGAUACCCUCUGUUGCACUUGGAGUUUGGCAGGCUGGAAAAGGUGAAGUUGGUGCUGCUGUGCAGACUGCGCUCAAGACAGGAUACAGACAUAUCGAUGGUGCUUGGAUUUAUGGCAACGAGGAAGAAGUCGGGAAGGCCAUCAGUGCAAGUGGUGUACCUCGUGACCAGCUCUGGUUGACCUCUAAGCUUUGGAACAAUUUCCACGCACCUGAGGAUAUCGAGCCCGCUCUCGAUGAGACCCUCACGCGGCUUAACACUGAGUACCUUGAUCUCUACCUCAUUCACUGGCCCAUCGCUUUCAAGAAGGGCUCGAACAAUGUUCUCGAUAAGGAACUCACUGCUAACCCGUACCCAACUUGGCAGAAAUUGGAGGAGCUCGUUGACAAGGGCAAGAUUCGUAACAUCGGUAUCAGCAAAAUCAAGAACUUGACUGCUAAUCCUCUGAAGCACAAACCUGCCGUCAACCAAGUCGAACUCAACUAUUUCAACCCCCAGCCUGAACUCCUGAAGUGGUCGAAGGAGAACGGCCUGCUCCUUGAGGCAUAUUCACCUCUAGGAAGCACUAAACAAGUCAAAGAAGCGCUCAGUGUUCCGGAAGUAAAGGAAAUCGCUAAGAAACUUGAUAUCACACCUGCGCAAGCUUUGAUUUCGUGGCAUGUCCAACGAGGGACUAUCGUUCUUCCCAAGAGCGUCACCCCUUCACGUGUUCAGGAGAAUUUCCAAGGUUUGUUUCACAUUUUUCUUACGUAUGGAAUGGCCAUGGAAUGUGCUAAACUCAUGUGGCGUUUGAUAGUUGUUACUCUUCCGGACGAUCUCUUCGACAAGCUUGAGAAAGCAGCCACUUCUCACCCUCCACAGCGUGUCGUCAAUCCUUCCAAGAAUUGGGGACUUGACUUUGACGUGUUUGAUGAGAACUGGCCUUUGUAGAGUAUCCGUACCAACGCCUUGUGGUGUGGUAAUUGACAAUCCAGAUACAAGACAAAGGAAUGAAUUAAAAAUAUGACCCUAAAACCAACAAAAGUGGAACAAGUAAACGACGUGUAUAGUAUUUACUUCUGCGAGCCAAUAAGCUAACAACUGUCAUACUAUAGUUAAAAAAGAGUCAUCUGGGGACAUCAGGGAUUCGUUAUAUCAUACAUUACAAUCAUUGUCAGGCCCAAUGUCACCUCACGCGGACGCAGUAGCGGGACUAGGUGCGGCGACGCUAGGUGCUGGGUUAUCACUAGCGGAACCAGGUGUGGCGGCGCUAGGCGCUGGUUUAUCACUAGCUUCUGCGUCGGCCGGUCCAGGAACUGGAGCUGGCUCAGUAACCGGUGAGCCCAUGUCGAGAGAGCCAGCUCGCGAAGCAGCCUGCGCAUGAAUUUGCGAGAGUUUCAACUCGCGUUGUUGCUAAUCAAGCGACGUUAGACCAGGGUUGAACAAGCAAAGACGAUUGAUAACAUACAUCGUUCUGCUCCUUACGAUGCUGGAACUCGUCGACGGUGGUCCGCCGCUGUUGAAGAUCCUGUGCCAACUUGUCCUCGUGCUUCUGCUUCAACUGGAGAGCAUUAAGAUGUGGUCAGACCGUAUCGGCAUUCUGGAAGACUUUGACCUGUGGCUGCUUUGUGUUCCUGCUUGACUGCCUUGUCAAGGUUAUGCUGGGCCUUGUCGGCAUUCUAGCAUUGUCACAAGUCAGUUAAUAUCUAAGUAGAGUAAUGUCAGAGAAACGUUGUACCUUGAUACUCUUGUGAUGGGUCUUUUCUGCAGCGU